GUUUCAGCCAUCUUAGUACUUUUGGUUUCGUUUCCCUUCGUUUUAAUUUGAAAAUUGGCGAUCGUUCAAAGAGAUGAAACCGCUAUGUUGCGAAUGACCGCAGGCUCAGAAUAAUGGCUUUCAUCCGAGGACACUCAUCGGAACAUGUAGUAAGCGAUAUGUAAUCAUGAACAGUACUGGUCUAAAAGCUCCUGAAAUCAGAGUGGUAUGCAAACAUGCACGAUGCAUUUGAACAUGCAGUUAUCCUGGAGAAGCUGCCAUUGCAAAUAGAUUGCAUAGCUACUUUUGGUGACAAUCUUCUUGUUGGAACAAGACAGGGGCACUUGCUUUUGUAUGGUGUUUUAGAUGGCACAGGUGACAACAGGUUUGACGUGGAGCUACGAAGCUCCAACAAAUUGUUCUCAAAGAAGCCUAUAUCACAGUUAGCAGUAGUUGAGCAACUGAAUCUACUGAUAAGUUUGUCAGAUUCUGUUGUUAGUGUACAUAACUUGGAGACCUUUGCUCACAAGUUUACCUUGCACAAAACAAAAGGAGCCAGUGUUUUUGCUGUGGAUAUAAAGGAGAGGAAACAGUCCUCAGUGUUUGAUCCUUCACCAGCUCUUGAACUAAAGCUAUGUGUUUCGGUAAAACGAAAACUACAGUUAUUUAGUUGGAGGAAUGGAGAAUUCCAAGAACGAGAAGAUCUUCUGGUUCCAGAUGCAGCAAAGGCAUUAGUUUGGUCUGAGGACUCACUCUGUGUUGGCUUCAAAAAAGAAUACUCUCUCAUAAAGACUGGCACUGGUGCUGCAACAGAGCUGUUUUCCACUGGUCGUCAUUUGGAGCCCACAAUAGCUUCUUUGCCAAGUGGAGAACUUAUUCUUUGUCGCGAUGAUAUCAGCAUUAUAACUGACAGUGAUGGAAAGAAGACGCAGAAACAGACCCUGACAUGGUCAGAUACACCAACAGAGCUAGAUUAUGCCGAACCUUAUGUAAUCGCCCUUCUUCCUCGCUAUGUGGAGAUACGAACCAUCAGUCCUCGUGCACUUAUCCAGAGCAUUGAAUUGCCAAAAUCCAAAUUUAUUGCUCGUGGAAAGCACUUGUAUAUAGCAUCACCAAGCUAUGUGUGGAGACUCAUCCCUGUAUCUAUCCCCAUGCAAAUACAACAGCUAUUGCAUGACAAGCAAUUCAGCCUUGCUCUUAUGUUAGCGGACAUGGUGGUGGAACCUGAGCAGGAGAAAGCUGCCCGAAAAGAGAGUAUUCAGAAUCUUUAUGCAUUUGAUUUGUUCUGUCAGAAGAAGUUUGAUGAUUCGUUGCAGCUCUUUGCCCAGUUAGGGACAGACCCAGCACAAGUUAUUGGCCUGUUUCCUGAUCUUCUCCCGAGUGAAUUUCGAAAGCUUCUUGAGUACCCUGCUCCACCACCCCAGUUGACUCCGGGGGAACUGGAGAAAGGCUGUGUAGCGCUUGUUGAAUAUUUGACUCGGAAACGAAACGAGUUGAUCAAAAAUAGCGACAAGACAGAAAGCUUGCAGAGGGGAAGAAAUAAAGAUUCUACCAAAGAACCCAGUAAAGCUGAUAUAAAGGCUCAAAAGAACUUAGAGCACAAAAGACAAAUCAUCGAUACUACUCUACUGAAAUGUUACUUGCAGACAAACGAUGCCCUCGUAGCGCCACUGCUGAGGUUGAAAGAAAACUUCUGUCAUGUAGAGGAGUGUGAAAGAGUUCUAUCGAAAAGUAAAAAAUACAAUGAAUUGGUGAUACUCUACCAGGCUAAAGGUCUUCAUAAAAAAGCCCUAGACCUUUUAUUGAGACAGGCUCAGAAAAGCAGCGGUCCACUCAAAGGCCACCAGAAAACAGUGCAAUAUCUCCAGCGUUUAGGUCAUGAACACUUAAAGCUUAUAUUUGAUUUUUCCGUCUGGGUUUUAAAAGCACACCCUGAUGACGGAUUAAAGAUAUUUACAGAAGAUUUACCAGAAGUCGAAGGCCUACCACGCGAUAAAGUACUGGCUCACAUAGAACAGUGCGCGAAACAGUUGACCAUCAGAUAUUUGGAACACAUAAUCUUCCUUUGGAAUGAAUCAAAGCCAGAUUUUCACAACAAGUUGAUCAACUGCUACCGUGAAAGAGUGCAGGUGUUGAUGAGAGAGUAUUUAGAUUCGUUAUUGACAGGUGACGAGCCUGUCCCUCCCGGAAGUGAACCAGGUGAACUCGGAGAACUGAGAGGAAGAUUGCUCUUCUUGUUAGAGACUUCAAAACAUUAUCAAGCGCAGCAUCUAUUAACGCACUUCCCAGAGAGUUUUUAUCACGAACGAGCUCUUUUGCUUGGACGAGUGGGAAGGCAUGAGGAAGCUCUGGCUAUAUAUAUCCACAUUUUACAUGACCCCAAACUUGCUGAAGAGUAUUGUCACCGAAAUUAUAACGAAGGCCGGGAGGGCAGUAAAGAUGUGUACGUGUCCUUAUUGCGCAUGUACCUGGCGCCUCCUGAGAUAAGCCGCAAGGAAAAUAUGAAACCGAACAUUGAUGUGGCGCUAAACGUACUUCAGGAACAUCACUUAAAGAUAAGUACUGCUAAGGCACUUGAACUACUUCCUCCAUCUAUUCAAGUGAGGGAGGUUUACGCGUUUUUGCUCAAUGUUCUGGAAGACAAAGAAAGGAAACGGAAGAAUUCUCAAGUGUUAAAGAGCCUUCUGUUUGCCGAGCAUCUACAGGUUCAAGAACAACGUAUGCAUUAUCAGGGGGGUAAAAUACUCCUGACCGAUGAAAGAGCUUGUCGUGUGUGUCACAAGAAGAUCGGAACAAGUGCCUUUGCAUAUUACCCCACGGGCGAAAUACUCCACUACUACUGUUGCAAGAACCUUACCUCCCCCCCAAACAGUGAGCACACGACUCCCCGGGGUAGCCCAACCCCCGAAGAUAAUAUGUUACAAAGAUACUGAUCAAAUGCGAUGCAGUUCGUCAUCACGUGCGCAUCAUGCAUAAAACACGUGACAAGUGAGGAAGUGCAGAUGUACGCUGAGGUGUUAUACCACGUGUAUUUCACGUGAUGCGUAACAAAUCAACAAGUAUUUCGUAAUCAAACAUUCAAAAUCUUCCCAGAAUAUUUAUCCAAGGAAAAGAAAUUGGAAUUUUACAAUGGAAUCGAUAAUCAAACAAUGUUGCCGUAGCUUUGCUCUGUAUUGUAACCUGAUUGGCUAAUCAUUUAGUCAAUCAGCUACAAAACCAAAACCAAUCACGUGUUGGUCACGUGCGUUUGUCCGCACUUGACCUCUAGAUUAGUACUUAGAUCACUUGAUGCCGUUAAAGAGAGUUAAAAUAAUUUACUCAGAGAUAAUGAUCUAAUGUUUAAGUCACUACCAGAAAUGAAAAUUUACCCAAAAGUUACAAUAAGAAUUCAUGUCACGACAAAGAAAACAGCUUGGUUGUCACGCAAUAUCCUUUGUUAGAUGUUUCGUUACCAAUCAUUUUAGCUGUGGCGUCACAGAGUAUGUUUAGUAACAGAUAUUUUUUAAAAAUAGAAAUAUUUACCGUAUGAAUGUUGAAUAAAAGGAGAUUGAGGGUGUUUCA